ACAGAGUCACCUUCUCCGCAAUGCUCUAGAGUAGAAAUUGAACUCUGAUUGUAAACCUUGUGGCGGUUGAUUAGAGGUGGCAGCCUGACAGUUAUACAAGCCAAUCGAGUCGUUUGGUAAUCAGCUGUUUCUGCAUCUUGGUAGAGUAAAACAACAAAAAAGAUCACUAUGAAUAUCCAGUCAGUUAUCAACAGGGAAGUGUUUGCCCCCCGGGAUGAGAGGAUACUAGUGGCUGUGGAGGUUAAGAGGAGAAAAAGGAAAAAGGUUCCCUUUCUUCCCACUGGAGGCAAGGGAGAAUAUAUGACAUACAUCUGUCUGUCAGUGACCAAUAAGAGACCAGCCCAGCUCCUCAUCACCAAGGUCAAGCAGUUUGGAGGCUCUACCCCCUUCACCAGGAGGUCACAGUGGAGCGUGGAGCAGCUCCGCCAGGUCGAUGGCAUCGACCCCAACAAGGACUGCCCAGAGUUUGACCUGGUGUUCGACAACGCCUUUGACCAAUGGGUGGCCAGCUCAGCGGCAGAGAAGUGCAUCUUCAUCCAGAUCAUGUACCACGCCUGUCAGACUUACUGGGAGGGCAAGGAGCGGGUCCCUGGUGGCCUGGGUAGCCCAGCUGGAGACCAGCAGAAGGACCAGAGAGCUAGUCCAGGGGCCCAGGUUAGCCCAGGAUCCCAAGGGGGCCAAAGAGGAGGUCCAGGGGCCCAGGCUAGACGGAAGAGCACAGUGGGUCCCAGGCCCCGCCAGACUGAAUUUGUCAACUGUCAGUCCAAACUCACAGGAGAUGCCUGCACUGUGAAUCUGGUCAUCUACCGUUGCAAGGUCUUCUUCAACCGCAUGAAGAAGGGGAUGGUUUCAAAACAAAGCAGUCCUCAGGCUGGAGCAGGUCACAGAGCAAGUCCCAGUGGGCAGCGCCCCCCAGGGGGCAGUAUGGCUAGUGUAGUCAAGAGGGCAAGCCAGGCCCUGCAGGAGCGUGGGGAGAGACUGGGCCAUGCCGAGGACAAGACAGUAGACCUGAUGCACAAAGCCCAGCAGUUUGCAGACACUGCCCACAAGCUGGCGCUGAAGUAUUCAAACUAGAGGCAUCUCUUCCUGUGGGUCCGCUCCUGGAGUCCGUGGCCCUAUUUCACCUGUUGAUUCUAUGGAUAGUAACUUCUAUACUAAUGUUGUGCUGAGGCAUAGUUUAGUUGAAACCCAGUGGACGCUGCAAUUCCUCUGUGAAGAAUCCUAUGUUCUGAGAGGAGUGGAGGGUUGUGGUACUUGCUCUUAGGACAUUGACUAUGUCAAAAGGACAUGGAAACCUUUACAGACGGGCAGUGGGGAGGACGGCCCAGUUAUGGACCUCCUGAGUUUAAGAAUGACCUUUAACCUCCAGAAUUGGACCUGUGGAUCACAUGACUGUGUCGUUUCAUGGCAUAGCUAGCUGGUUUACUGGAUGGCCACGUUGUCACAAUGCUCCCACUGCUUGAGUGUACUUGUCUUCCCUGCUUCAGUAGCCUGUGCUCUGAUGACGAGGACUUUAGAUGUUUUUAGACAUUUUAAUAUUGGCAUAUGAAUUCUCAGUAAAAAGCUUUUCAGGAUUCACGUGUCUUUUCCGCUAUGGAAGUAUAUUUCAAUGGUGGUUUUGCUCGUUACAUAAAUAAUUGAUCAUUUAUGACCGUAAACAGGCACACGCAUAGAGAGCAGCUGGUGAAUGUUUGAUUUAGAUUGAUACUGGAGAAUCCAUUUUACCCAUGGGAGGGGUUACCAAUUACACAGUCAUUUAAUGUUUGAAUGGUGUUGAAUGCGUAAGUAUGGCUGUUUCAGGUUACUGCCUUAGUUUUGUGCUAGCUGGUGCAGGGAUAUGAGGAACACCUGGUGAAAUGCUUCUUUAUUUUCUUUGCAUGAUGAUGCUUUAGUAAGUAUAGUCUUGAUUUCUUGGCACUUUCUAAAUAUGACUAUUGUAUGGAUUCCUAUAUUGCACUAUAAUUUGCUUUAAUUUGCUUCCACUAUUUUUCACUGCUAAAUUCCUCCACUACCCUCUCCCUGCUUGCAUCAUCCAUUGAUUAGUCACUAUUCAAACCAUUGAUUAGUCACUAAUCACUAUUCCAAAUUCAAGUUGAUCAUCUAUCUGAUCCUUGUCUAUUGUCUUUGUCAUGUGUGAGUCAUUGAUCCCCGGUCUUGUCACGUUAUGUGUCGUGUGUUUUUGUCUGUUGCACCAUGUGUAUCGUAAUUACAUGUCUCAUAACCGUUUAAUCUUUAAUUGCUGGUUCCGUGUCAGAGACUUGAGUGCAGCCGGUAUAAUGGUGGGUUCGUGUAUGUAGACCAGGGCUCUUCUAGGUGAGGUUGUAAGCAAGAUAUGGAAUGUUGACUGUGAAGGAUUGCGUGUGCGAUCAUAAUCUCGUCCACACAGCCGGCUCUCUAUGUGGUAGCAAUUGAGCCUGGGGACGAGGUUCAUGUGAUGACGGUUCAGAAGGCCACUGUCGAGAAGAGACUUCUGAGUUGGUGAGUGAUGAGGGUCACAGAGGCUUGUUGUAAGGUUGAGUGCUCUUGCGUAGGCCUGUGGUUGUUGAAUUUCUUUCGAUACCUAAUAGUGUUUUUAUUGUACACAACACUAAUAAAUAAAUUGAUAUGCUUUAUCAGCUGGGACAACAUGUCCCACUUCAUGCUUAACCUGUCAUGGAAUGAGAGGGGAGCCUAAUCUGUCUUUCAACUACUCGUAUCUGAAUGAGACGUAAUUGUGGCAGUUAACUAAGGAGACAAAUCCUAAAAUGGCACUGUAUGCUUUCUGUUGCUAUAUUACUGUUGGUGAUCUGAUGAAAGAUUGGCUAGAAUCUAGAUGAGUUGAAAAGUGCCUAAACUACCUUUUUUUUAUAUUCUGAUCAUGGAGUUGAAACCAUGAACUGAUAUUAUUCCUAGAAAUGCUGACUAUUUAACAGUCUUAGAACAGUUAUUGAAGCUCUGUUUAGUGUCAAUGUUAACAUGAGAUUUGUACUGUUUUUAAUGACAACUUCAAUGACCUUAACACUCUUUUUGACCCAAUAAAUGAAAUGGGACCUG